AAUCCCGUUCCCCCGUCUUUCUUUGCUUCCAACCCCCACGGAAACGCUUGCUACGUAGGCUAGUUGAACCCCUGAAAGAAAACAGGUGUCAUGUUACACCCCUACCCACAACGGCCACUUUCUUCUGUUCACAAGGUGACCGUUGUGGAUAGGUUCGACUGUAGAGACGAAACAUGAUCGUUUUAAUUAGAGGUGUAGUCCUGUACAGCCAUCAUUCAGUGCCUGUUGUCGUGUACUUGACAACCUCAACACUUUUUUUAGAAAGACAAAAGGAAGCUCUCGCUUAGUAAUCCAGUGUAUUUACCUCGGCUUGAAGUACUGUCUUUAUAGGCCCAAUCAAAGGAACUGCUGGGGUUCCUAAGUUUGACCCUGGAGUUGAUCCACAAACAAACGCAAAUCUCGUUAAUGCGUCGUCUUGACCAAAAUAAUAAAUUAAACAAGAAAAUUAAGCAGCUUACAGAGCGAGUUGACAACGGUCUAUUAACGCUCAACAAACCGUCAAAAAAAACAAAAUUCCAUCAGAAAGUUUUCCAGUGAGUGUUAAGGGUCGUUUGAGAGUGAUUUACAGAAUACCAGAAAUUGAAACUAACAGUUGACUGGGAGCUCGUGCAAUACGGUUUUUUUUCAGAAUGUCUUUUCAUACAAUAACGGAUAUGGGGCCUCCAAGAAUUUACUCUGUGGUAGCAGCGCGAAGCGCGGCUCUGAAGAUUAAGCAACUCUCGUCGACUCUUUUUACGGAGCGAAGAAAAAGACAAGACAAAGGAGAUUUUGCUGUAACGUUCUUCGACGAUCCAACAAACCCACUGGAAACGAUGAAACCACCCAGACAAGAAGAACAACAUGGAAUACGGCGAUCUGUAGCAAUAACCCCAACGUUUUCGCGCAGUUCUGUUGAACAGUCCGUUCAGAAAUCAGAGUCGCAUAACAGCAACCGUUCAGAGCCGGGGGAAGUAAAUCGAAGAAGACGAUCAGUUGCGACUUUCUCCAGCGGGUUUAGUGAUCCCCUCGUAGAUUCAGAGUUGGAAAACGCGUCUCAAGUGUCUAGAAAAGGAGAUGAAAGCCCCAGACAUCGAAGAAGACGGCAUACGACAGUAGCGCGGCCUCCUACAACUAUUGCCGUCGGAUACGAACGUCCCCCAGAACCAGGGUUAUAUAAUACCUACCGCCUAGAGCCAGUCAAGAAAUUUGAGCAUUGGAAAGUUACAGAGAUCAUUAAAAAAACCUUCGAGGAGCACUUGAUGGGGGAAAACUACGAUCAAGAUGUUUGCCAUCACAUGAGUAAAAUCCUGGCAGACUUGAUUAAGGAACAGGUUAAAUCUCUGCAAUUUUCCAGGUAUAAAAUAAUCAGUGUUGUUUCCAUUGGCCAGAGGCGAGGUCAGAGUGUUACGAUGGCGAGCCGUUCUGUUUGGGAUCCAAGGUUUGAUACAUAUGCUCAGUAUUCCUUUGAGAGAGAAGAUAUAUUUGCUAUUGGUAUCGUAUAUGGUGUAUACUUCGAGUAACUGAAUUUGAAAUGGGUGAUGCAGCCCCUCAGGUACAUGCACUUAGCUAUAGACCUUUGCUUAAGACCUCGCCUAAACUUUGAUGUUCUAAAUUACUGUGACCUUGUUGCUACUAAGGUAUUCAGCUGAUACCAUGUCAUGGACGUUAGAGAUAAUUAACGGCUAGUCAGAUAAACACAGUAUUGUCUCCUAAAACAUUAUGAUAUUAGCUCUUAGUAUCAUAGUAAAAUCAAUUGUAUCUUAGAACGUAAGUUUUUUUGCCUCAUCUGACUCAAAUACCUUUUAGAACAAACAUAAGUUAAUGACUUUUAGCUAGGAAAAUCAAGUGAACUUUUUCAUUUGAUAGUAACGAGAAGGUAUAUACAAUUAUUUCAAAGAUAAAAGACGGCUAAGUUGUCACGUUGUUAUAAAGGAUUAAUUUGUAAAGUACAUUAGCACCAUUUUGAUUAAAACCAGUUCAGCACCUUAUUACAUUAAAGGAUGAAGUCUUUUGUUUUGUUGUCAACAGUACACUGUAAUCCUGUCUCGUUUUGCAGAACAUAAUCUGAGCAGAAUAAUUUUAUUAAUGUUGUUGACAGAGUGACUUUGAAUAGAUUAACACGGCUCGGUAAGUUUGAUUCAAUGAUCUCUGGAGUUUGAAAAGUUUAACCCCUUGCCUCACAAUUACUCUCUUAGGCGCCUUAUGGGAACUAAUAUGACGUCGUUUACUGUGACAACACACCAGACUAAAGAUGUAUAAACUAUUAGCAUGCCUUCUCGUCCCUUUCUCAGCUUGUCAGUUGACAAUUUUUUUUGUCCACAAGGGAACCCAAAUGCAUCAGGCUGUUAUAUCUAACCAGGAAAACUGAUAAUUUGUAGUGCUUCAGCCAAGAGGAUUGAUUCAGUUAGUCAGUAAUCUUUUAAGGAUUGCAUAAAUUGAAACUUGCAAAAUCAACUGAGUGGAAAAAAUUUGAGUUAAACAUAUAGUUCUCCUGGCAAAUGUGUUAUAUUGGAAAUUCUUGAGUUUUUCAAUUUUAUACGGUUCGUCCUUUACUGACCAGCAGAAAAGCGACGCAGUAAUCUCAAAAUAAUAAAAAACCCUUAACGUAGUCAUGAUUGAUGACGCAUUCCAUCGAUGAGCGAACGCAUGUUGUUGCUGACAAUAAAAAAGACAUGGGAGGCAUGACUCUUUGAUAGAACUAAACGAUAAUGUUGGCGUUUACUACUAAUCCAAAGGUUUAAGAUCCGGCUUAAAAAUGUU